CUAGAAAUAUCCCUCCGUUUGAUUCCACAAGCUUCCCCUCCGUCCCUGUCCUUCAAUUCGACGAAAUCACCGUUCUUCCAUAGCCAUUCAUCCACAGGGUUAUCAAUGGAAUACUUUCUCUGAGGCACAACUAAUUCUAAUUUGUAUAGAGUUCUCUUGGAAUUAAAUUUGUGGAUCGGAGUGUGUGCUAUUGGAAGAAAUGGAAACACAAUUCGGACCGGUAUUCGAUAGCAGCAGGCAUAUCACUGUCAAUUUAAAAAGAAAACACGAUUUUCAAUCUGAGAAGUUCAACCAUGUGACUAAGCACAUAUCCCUUCCGACUGUCUGGCCCCCUUGUAAUGGCAUACACAAGGUCGUGAAGCAAAGAAAGCUCAAUAAUGUCAAAAGCAAGUUUGGAUAUGGUGGGGUUCACCACAAAACAUCACUGCUUCAACACUAUCUGAACUUUCGGAAAAGUGGACCUCUAAAACGCUUGAUGUAUUAUCAAGAUGGUGAGUGGAUUGACUUUCCUCAAAGUAUUCUUCCCGUGGUUAAAGAAGAUCUGCAGAUAGAGAAAUCAGUAAUUGAAGUAGACUUGGAUGGUAAAAUUUGUGUGCUUGACUUUGUCUCUAUGAUGCUUGUGGACUUGAGGACGGGUAAUCAGCAGUCUAUUGCAUGGAUUGAUGAAGCUGGGAACUGCUUUUUCCCUGAAAUUUUUGCAGAUGGUGUUGGAGGGGACGAGUGCAACUGUCUGGAACAUGAGAACAAUCAAGUUGGUAUAGAUUUGAAUGCCCAAGAAUCCAAUGUUAUCAAAUUGCAAAUUGAGAUUGAACUUAACGGAUCAAAUAUUUAUGAGCAAGAAGAAUCAAGUGGGGACUCCAAUGCUCUUGUUAAAGUGGUUAAAGUUGAUUUGAAACCUGAAACAGAAGAUUCGACGAUGGAAAACGGUGAUGAUCAGAACGGCGUUUCUGCUUCAAAAGGCAAUGGAAGCUCCGCUGAAAAUUUGCCCGGAGAAGAAAAGGCAUUGAUGCUUGAUCCAGCAUGGGGUGAUCUGGACUCUGAUUCAGUGAGGAAAAUCUUCCUCAUGGGCAUUAAGCAAUCUGCUCAUGCAAGUAUAAUUGAUGUAUCUCGUGGAUCAAGCACUUUCAUGGAAGCUAGAUUAGAACUUUUUCAGAAGCAAGCCGAAAUUGUAAAAAAGUUGCGUGGACAUCCCAAUGUCCAAUUUGCAUGGCUUCCUUCCACUAAAAGUGCACAUUCCAGCAUAAUGAAUUAUGGCAUUGUUAGUGGUGAUUCAACCAAUAAGAAUUCUCGGUAUGGAUUCGGAGUUCAUCUAAACCCUAUUAAUCAUACUGAGAUCAGUGCAAAUUUAUGUGAUAUUGACGAAAAUGGGGUGCGACACAUGAUUUUGUGCCGAGUCAUUAUGGGGAACGUGGAGCCAGUUUCUCUUGGAUCAAAGCAAUUCCAUCCCAGUAAUGAGGCUUUUGAUAAUGGUGUAGAUGAGCUUCAAGGCCCAAAACAUUUCAUAGUAUGGAGUAUGAAUAUGAACACCCAUAUUUAUCCAGAAUAUGUUGUUAGUUUCAAGUUUGAAGCUGAAGGAACUGUGGUUCAAAGUGACAAGAUGCACAAUUUUUCAGGGGUUAGUACUUGUUACGAGGGGUCUCCAUAUCAGGUAACAACGCCCAAUACAAAUUUACUCCAAAAUCAACAAGGAAAUGUUCCAAGGAUCCCCAAGUCCCCUUGGAUGUCGUUCCCUGCAUUGUUUGCUGCCAUCUCUAAGAAAGUUGCUCCUGAGAAAAUGAAAAUUAUAAAUAGCAACUACGAGCUUUUCAAGAGUAAAAAGAUUAGUCGGGAUGAACUGGUCAGAAAGAUGAGGUUGUCCGUCGGCGAUGCCAUAUUAAGGUCCACGAUUAUGAGUCUUCAGUUCAAGAUGGUCCCAACACCUGUUGAAAUGGUCACAAACCAAAACUUAGAGCCCUGAAGUUUUGGCCUCUAAACAAAGAGNGUCUUCACGU